CAGAGGCUGCAGGUCCUGGGGUCAAACAGGAAGGUCUGAAGGAGAGGAGGACCCACGGCACAGCAGAAACAUCCAGACUGGAGCGCACACUAUAGCCAUGGAGGACUCCACCACCGCCCCAGCACCGCCCAGGACUCAACGCAGCAUCAUGGAGGUCAGUGGAACGCCGAACGCGGUCCUCAAGUCAGAGACAGACACGGAGACUUUAACUGUAACACACAGUCUCUUACACACAGGAUCUGACCACAGAUCAGACCCAGAGAGGCUGGGGCAGGGGCCACUGGGCUGUCCUCCUGCUCCCGGCUCAGAGUAUUUACCGGUAUUUCACCAGAGACAGAAGAUGGUUCAUUCCUGUGGAGAUGGUGACACGUUAGACACUAGUGAUGAUCUGUCUUGUUCUUACACUACAGAGAUGGACCCUGGCAACAUGCCCUUGGGUUUAGAGACACAGACUGAUCUGUCUAGAGGGGACUGGAACCGGUACAGUAGUAGUGUAUACUCUGAAGGGUGCCAAGAUAAGAAAAGGAAGGUUAUAGUUGUAGAUGAAGUGGAUGGAGAUGUUCCUCUGACAUGGAAUGCAGACAAGACUCACUUAGGAGAAGGACACUCACAAGGCAGAGAUUUCUUAGAUUAUAGGGAAAGCUUAGAGACAAAUCCAAAUGUCGCCACCCACUCCCCUUUACACGCGUUCAGGGAUUGCGACCCGGUGUCCCCGUCAAUAGGGCCUUCGGAUUCCCACAGUCGUGUCCUUUUCGAUCAGGUAUUGAACUCAAAGGCUCAGGGAGCCGGAGCAACAUCAGGUAAUAGUAAAGAGAAACAGUUCCUCUGCAUGUUCUGUAAGAAAGGCUUCAGCUGCCUCCAGAAGGUGGAGAUCCACCAGAGGGUCCACACAGGGGAGAAAUCCUACAGCUGUACCCAGUGUCACAUGCGGUUUGCCCAGGCUGGCAACCUAAAGAUCCACCAGAGGGUCCACACAGGGGUGAAACCCUUCAGCUGUACACAGUGUCAUAUGCACUUCUCCCAUUCGUCCAGCCUGAAGAGGCACCAGAGGAUCCACACAGGGGAGAAAUCCUACAGCUGCCUCCCAGUGUGAAAAUAGGUUUUCCCAACAGAACCAGCUGAAGAUGUACCUGAAGGUCCACACGUGAGAAAGGCCGUUAGCCUGUACGCACUGCGGGAAGAGGUUCAGAGAGGAGCUACCUCAGCAUACACCAGCUGAAAAAACAUUCCACUCUAUAACAUAGAAAGUAACCAUUGCACUCAAUACCUGAAACCCUGCAUUAAAGUCAAAGAUGAAUUUUUAUUUCAUUGUCAGCAAAAAAGAUCCACAGAUGCCUUUGUAAUAACGAAAGUAACAGAUUUCAGUGAUUAAUAUUCCUGGGUAGAAUAUUGAAUUCAGCCAUUGUGUGAUGUAUGUAUGUAUGUGUGUAUGUACAGUACAUGUAUGU